CAGUAAAAAUGAAAAAAAUAGAAGGAAGAUACUCAACUCUUUCUUAGGGCUUUUCUUUUCUCCUUUUCUUUUUCUUUUUCUAUGGCUCUCAAAAUUCCGAUUUUUUUGUUCUCAAUCCUCUGCUCCGUCUCCCUCGAUUCUUCCCUCCGUGCCAAGCCAACACGUGAUUGAAUAAGAAAAAAUUGGAUGAUAUGGAUGAAAGUGUGGGUGAUGAGGUGAAUGAAAUGGCUGUUGUUGAUGGAGCGCUCCUCAGAAGUAAGGAGAGUGGAUACAGUUUGAAGCUUAGUGAGCAUGGUAUUCAGGAAUCACAUGAAGUGGUUGGUCUGGAUGAGGGUGAUCAUCAUGAGAACCCUGCCCAGUACUUCAUAGAUAUUCUUGAUGGAAAGAGUAUGGGCAGAAUUGGAUCUUCAGGACAUGCAAGUUCAAGUCCACGUUGUAUGGAUGAUUCUGAGGUUAUGGUUAGAGAGUUGACAUUGAAAAAUUAUAAUGGUGAAAAUUUAGCUAUGAUUGGUGCGCCAGGCAACAGAGAACGAGUGCAAACUAGGCCCAAUCACUGGAAAACUUUAUAUCAAGUAGCCGGUGGAUCAGGAAAAGGAAGUUUACAUAGAGAAGCCACUGAUAAAGACCAGUCUUCCACAUUAUCAAAUCUCUUUGAAGGUGAAGAAGACAGAAUGUUCACUGAAUUUUUGGAGCAGAAUCAGAAGUCAACAAAUGAAAGCCAUAAUUUAGUCACAGGAAAUUCACAGAGUAAGGACAACAAAUCUGUUUCGAAUGACAUAUUACUGGCUUCUGGGGGUAUACGAACAAAAAUCUUAUCAAAGUCUGGGUUUUCUGAGUAUUUUAUAAAGAGCACAUUGAAGGGAAAGGGAACCAUACAAAGAGGCCCAACUACCAGAGCGUUGGGAAGGGAGUACCUUGACCAUCCUCACUCGGAUCGUGCUAACAUCUCUUUAGUAGAUUCUUCAGGUGCAGAUAGUGUUUUGCCCCCUUCCAUUACUUAUCAGGAUGGAGUCAGUUUGAGGGAAUGGGUAAAAGCUAGGAGAAAUAAGCUAAGUAAAGCUGAAAGCUUGAGUAUCUUCAAACAAAUUGUGGAUCUGGUGGAUUCUUCUCAUUCUCAGGGAAUUAUUUUACAAGACUUGUGGCCAUCUUGCUUCAAGUUGUUGCAAUCAAACCAAGUUGUGUAUCUGGGAACCUCCAUGCUCACUGAUCCCACUGAGAAUGUCAUGGAUAGAGAUGUUCCUGAACUAGAGCAGAAUUAUUCGAAAAGGUCACUGGGGAACAUCAUGCAUACCUCAGUAAGUCCUAGUGUUAAGAAGCUUAAACUUGGUGAUCCUGUAAAUAUUACUACAAGAUGGCCUCAAUUCCCAUCCAGAUCAGGUAUCAGAUCAGCACCUCAAAAUACUAAUGCAGAUUUUGCUUGGCCACGAGGUUCUGGCAGUGACUCAAAUGAAGUACACAAACAUAAUAGUCAGAGCAAAUUUAGCUCCAGUGAGUUUUCCAGAAGCCCACAACCAUUACAGACUUCUGUGAGUUGUAUGUUAGAAGCAAAGUGGUACACCAGUCCUGAGCAGUUAAACAAGGGAGGCUGCACAUUUUCUUCAAAUAUAUACUGUCUUGGAGUUCUAUUUUUUGAGUUACUUGGCUUAUUUGAGUCCGGAAGAUCUCAUGCUGCUGCAAUGCAAGAUCUCUGUCAUAGAAUUCUUCCUCCCAGUUUCCUAUCCGAAAAUCCAAAGGAAGCUGGAUUCUGCCUUUGGUUACUUCACCCAGAACCCUCAUCACGACCAACUACAAGGGAAAUUCUACAAUCUGAAAUUAUGGGUGGGAAAAAAGAAUCUGGAGAUGAGAUGCUAUCAUCUAUUAUUGAAGAGGAUUCUGAGUCAGAAUUGUUGGCGUACUUCUUUUCAUCAUUGAAAGAGCAAAAACAAAAUGAUGCCUCAAAGUUAGUUGAAGAAAUUAAGUGCAUAGAAGCAGAUAUCCAGGAAGUCCAGAAAAGGCAGACCAAACAAUUAUCAGUUUCUUCCACCUCAUGUCAUGAGUCCCUUGCUGUGUGCAGAAGCAGGUACUUUCAGAUAGGGGGAUCAAGCUCAACUACAUGUUCUAAGUUGUCCCCUGUAUACGAGGAUGAUAAGAAGUUGAAGAAUAUCCAGCAGCUGGAGAGUGCUUACUUCUCUAUGAGGUCUAAUAUUAGGCCUUCCAGUAAUGAUGUAAAAAUAUGGAGAAACGGAGAAAUAUUAAAGAAUCGGGAAGGCAACUUUCUGAAAGGUGUUAAUGAAGAGAUGCAUGAACGUAGUGAUUGUCUCGGAGGUUUUUUUGAUGGUCUCUGCAAGUAUGCUCGCUAUAGCAAGUUCAGAGUACGUGGAGUAUUAAGGAAUGGAGAAUUUAAUAAUUCUGCAAAUGUAAUUUGCUCUUUGAGCUUUGAUCGGGAUGAGGAAUACAUAGCUGCUGGUGGUGUGUCAAAGAAAAUAAAGAUAUAUGAAUACAAUGCUCUCUUUAAUGAUUCUGUUGACAUUCAUUAUCCAGUACUUGAGAUGUCAAACAGUUCAAAGCUCAGCUGCAUUUGCUGGAACAGCUAUAUCAGAAACUAUCUGGCCACUACUGACUAUGAUGGUGUGGUGAAGUUAUGGGAUGCAACAACUGGUCAAGGGUUUUUCAAUUUCAGUGAGCACAAUGAAAGAGCUUGGUCUGUUGAUUUUUCUCGUGUGGAUCCUACCACGUUAGCCAGUGGAAGUGAUGAUCGUCUGGUGAAACUUUGGAGUAUUAAUGAGAAAAACAGUAUAUGCACGAUCAGAAACAAUGCAAAUGUCUGCUGUGUCCAGUUCUCACCUUACUCCAGAUAUUUACUGUCUUAUAGCUCUGCUGACUACAGGACUUAUUGCUAUGAUCUUCGAAAUGUUUCAACUCCCUUGCGUAUAUUGGUUGGCCAUGAGAAAGCUGUUAGCUAUGCAAAAUUCUUGGAUGCUGAGACUCUAAUUUCAGCAUCUACAGACAACACACUUAAGAUCUGGGAUCUCACCAAAGCAAGUACAAGUGUCUUGUCAACUGAUUCUUGUAUCUUAACCCUUAGAGGACAUACCAAUGAAAAGAAUUUUGUGGGGUUAUCUGUAGCUGAUGGAUACAUUACUUGUGGCUCUGAGACAAAUGAGGUCUUUGCUUAUUACAAAUCUCAGCCAAUGCCUAUUACUUCUUACAAGUUUGGCUCCAUUGAUCCGAUCUCCGGCAAAGAAACUGAUGAGGAUGUUGGACAGUUUGUUUCAAGCGUCUGCUGGAGACGUAAAUCAAAUACGGUCGUUGCUGCCAAUUCCACCGGCUGUAUAAAACUACUAGAGAUGGUGUAGGAUUGGAUAGAAAAGAAUGUCAGUAUUAAGUUGUUCCUGGCAGCAUAAAGUAAAUCUCAGGAAAAGAUCUGUAAGAUCUCUUACACCCUAAGGGAUCCAUGCAAAUAGACUAGGAGAGUCAGUCUGAGUGGCUUUUGGGUCUCUUUCUUUUCCAACUGUUUCUCAAAUGAGGCGCCGAACAUCCAGUCCAAAGUGAAACUGAAAGGGCAAUGGCCCCGCCCCGAAAUGAUUCUAAAACCCGGAUUCAUCUCUCCAGAAGAUGCAAUUCAACAGAAGCCGAUAAACUAGGGAGCACAAAAGGCCGAUUUUUCGACAAAUAGUUGGAUUGUUGAGAUGUAUGGGUAGGGAGCAGAAGUUGUAAUAUCUUUGAUGUUAUAAUCUUAGGCACACACUGUACAUGGAAUGGGACUGGUGGAAAGUGUUUUGCCAGUAAGCCCAGUGGCAGUAUAUGAUACUGAGCGUGUAAAUGUGAUAGAUAAAAAGAUAAAUAGACGGGCCUAUGUGAGACUGUCACCUAUGGACUAGUUGUACAAUAUCUAUACAUUUUUUGGCAUCAAAACUUUGAUGGGUAUAGAAGAAAUUGGUGUACAUUCACUGUAAAAAUGUAUUGCAACUACGUAAAAACUUCAAACGUCUUCCUCG